UUUAAACACACUCAGGUUUUGCGGGACCCCAUCACAGCCGCUCCUCGUCCCGGCACGGCGCUCUCCAGGUACGGCAGCACCACGCAACCUCUCGGCUCCGGGCUUUGAGCCCCGAGGGCAGCCCUGCGCUGCUGAGUGCUGUGCGUACCGACCCCGACCCCGACCCCCAUCAACGACCCCGCAGCACCGCAGCCCCACUCCGCCCCCUCGGCUCGAGGCGACAACGCGACCGUCGCGCACGCGUGGAGAACACCCUGCGAAGAGCCGAGCUGCGCAUGCGCUGGAUGAAGAAACACCCCCCCCUUUCCCAGUACAGAUUGGGGCGUGGUCUGUGGCGGAGGGGCGUGGCCUAAAGGGACGAGGGGCGUGGUCUAGAUGGACGAGGGGCGUGGCCAGCGCUGCUGCCCGGCGUCGCCGCCGGCGCGGAGGUGCAGUUGUUACCGCGCCCGCGACAGGUGUGCGCGUGGGAGCGCCUCCGGCCGCCGCAGGUGUUUGUGGUGAUAAGAUGGAGCCUUCCCCGUUUAAUAGAAGACAAUGGACUUCUCAGUCUUUGAAAAUCACUGCAAAAGAGCUUUCUCUCGUCAACAAAAAUAAGUCAUCAGCUCUCGUGGAGAGGUUCUCCAGGUAUCAGAAAGCAGCUGAAGAAGCCACGGCUGAGAAAAAAAGAAAUAGCACAGAAAAUCUUCCCCCUCAUUUUAAGAGAGGGAAUCUGAGCGUACUAAAGAAGAAGUGGGAGAAUCCAGUGCCGGGAACGGAGUCUCGGAAGGAAACGCUCCGAAGCAGCUGUGCUGAGGGUGGGCACAGGGUCGAGAGCCCCGAGCUGGGAGUUGGAAGCAGCCUUGCUUUUUCCUCAGACACAGAGCAGAUCCCGGCAGCCGGCACAGCAUCUCUCUCCCAGGCCUCUUCUGGCACCUCUGGCCAGCUGCAGUGUCCCGGUGUUGACAGCAGAAAGUCUCAAAGCCACUCACCGGAGAGUGGUAAAAUGGAAAACUAUCUGAGAGAGCCCAGGGAAGUGGAAAAGCCCGAAGCCAGUGAAAACACGGAGUCUUCAGGGAAGAUAGAGAAGUACAGCGUUCCGCUCAGCAAGUUAAAGAUGAUGUUUGAAAAGGGCGAAGCAGCUCAGCCCAAGGUUGCUAGAGACCAGAGGAAGACAGCAAUUGGUAGGAGGAUUUCUGAAAACAGCUUCUCUUCAGAGGACCUUGAUGUUGGCCAAGGAGAGAAGAGUCACAGUGCAUCAGAUGGAAGUCCAGCACUCAGCCCAGAGAAGGUAGAGACCAAGAAAAGCCUAGAGAUGCCUCGGUUGACAGAAACUUCAAUAAAGGAUAGGCUGGCAAAGUAUCAGGCAGCUGUGUCCAAGCAGGGCAGUUCCCAAGGCCUCGUUACCAUGAAUGAGAUUCAAGCCAGUGAAAAUGAAAUCAAGAAUUACAAAUCUGAGCAGAAGGAGAAUAUGCCACCAAGUUUUGAGGACUGCAUUUCCUAUCAGGAUGGGGAGAAGGUUUCUGUAGGUGAGAACAGCCUGUCUUUCCACUCCAGUCUUUCAGAGGAUGGCAAUGUUGGACAAAACCUGGAGAGUGAGACAGAAAUUCAGAAGCCUGUCAGCACAAAACAGCAAAACUUUGGUUCCAAAUCACUUGGCCAGACAGAUGCAUCUCUGCCAAAAACAGUGAAGAAGUUUCAGUUGCCAGCAAAGGAAACCUGUGUUGGGUGUCAGAAGACAGUGUACCCAAUGGAAAGGCUCCUUGCCAACCAGCAGGUGUUCCACAUCAGCUGUUUCCGCUGUUCCUAUUGCAACAGUAAACUCAGUCUUGGGACAUAUGCAUCUCUGCGUGGGAAUAUUUACUGCAAGCCUCACUUCAAUCAGCUCUUCAAAGCUAAAGGUAAUUAUGAUGAAGGCUUUGGACACAAACAGCAUAAGGAAUUAUGGUCAAGCAAAACGGAAUGCGAGGAGUCCCUGGAGAAAACUCUCCAUGGUGUAAAUGCAACUGAGAGUCCUCAAAACCCAGGAGUAGAGGAUGCCCCAAUUGCAAAAGUAGGAGUUCUGGCAGCAACUAUGGAAGCAAAAGCUUCAGCUUUGCCUGAAAGAGAAGAGAAACCAGCAGAAACAAAAAAGCUUAGGAUUGCCUGGCCGCCUCCGUCUGACCAGAGUACUCAAGGAAGCACUUUGGAUGAGGGCAUCAAAGUAUUAAAACCCAAAUGGCCCCCAGAAGAAGAGAGUACCAAGCCAGAUGUGUUGGAGGAUGUGGAUCUGGAUCUCAAAAAGUUAAGAAGAUCUUCCUCACUGAAGGAGAGAAGUCGUCCCUUUACGGUAGCAGCCUCGUUUAGAACAGUAUCUGUGAAAGGCCAUAAAACAGACAAUUCAUCCUCUCCUUCUAAGGCAGAGAGAGACGUGUUGAAAAGAAGUGAGGAACUGGAGAGAGAGGUUGUGGUAGACAAAAAGCAAAAGGAAAAGAUUGAGAAUAGGAACGUGCAGAAUGCUGAGGAGAAAAAUGUAGAGGAAGAGCGGGAAUUGCCUGGUAUCAAAACAGCAGAGCACAACUUUGUAGAAAAUGGCCAGGAGAAUGCAGAGACAGAUGAGGAAGAACAUGCUGUGGAAGAGCAGCAAACCUCAAAUGAAGAAUUCCUUGAACCAAAUUCUCCGAAACAUUCCAGCUUAUCCAAUGUAACUGCAAAGGAAUCUUCUCCUGAGCAGAAUCGCAAAUCCCAAGAUGUUGGUUUCUGGGAGGGUGAAGAUAUGGAAGAUCUAUCUGUGGAAGAACAGAUCAAAAGGAACCGUUACUAUGAAGAUGAUGAUGAAGAAUAAAUAGGCCUUUUAUAAUAAAACUUGCUUCAAGGUGCUGGGCCUUUUUUAAUUGGUGUUUUUAGCUUUAACAAACAGCUGCCCUGUAUGAAAGCGAUGCUAUACUGCACAUCAACAUUAAGGGAAUCAUAUAUACAAAUUAUCUCAGCCAGAAAAGUACUGUGGAAGCCUGAAGGAAUGUCUGAGUGCAUGGAGAUGAGUAUCUGUGGUUGUGGGAUGCCUUUGACAGGUAACCUCUGACCACGGGAUGAGAACAGAGCUCUUCUGAACUCCUAUUGUCUUACCCUUUUGGAACUCUAGGACCUGUUUCACUAACCUGCACUCUGUGCUGGUAUGGAACAGGCUUUCUGUAAUACACUACUUUUACCACUACAAAAUGCUACUGCAGUGCUUAGGGACCAGUUUCAAAGGGACUUUCCGACCUGCUUUAAAAAUGGUAACUAAAUGCACUUUAAUACAUGUUAAGGGCACAGUUUUUUUUAAUUAUUAUAAUAAAAACAUUUUUUGGCCUUGGAGUCCAACAACUAAAGCAUCUUAAACUGAGCAGAACGUAACUUCCAAAACUGCCUAUGAUCAAUUGAAGAUGAAUACUCCAUUUUUCUCUGUGCAACUGGAAUAGCGUGCCCACUGCUGGAACAAAUGUAUUUUAGUGCUUAUCCAAAUGCUGUGCUGACAGAACUCCUUGAUGGCAAGUCAACAUUUUUUGCAGGAGCCUGCAGGGCAUUACUUUUGCAUUUUUAUAUGCAUUUUGAAUGGUUUUUUGUUUACUUAGAGUUCAUUAUAAUUCAUUUAAAACUGCACAUAACAUUUUUAGGGCCUUUCAACAAUUUUGAAAUCCUAUUUGUAUCAAGCUGCCAUAAUUUUUUUUUUCAUUGUGGCUGCGAAAUUCUGCUGCAUUGCAAAUCUUUGGAAUAAAACCAUAUGAACCAGAAACUUUCUGAUUGCUAGCAUUGAAGCUUAGUACAUUUUAAAACUUGACUGCAUUUAUUUUACGAAUAAUGGAAUCUGAAUGGUGGAAGGAAGAUAUCCCUUUAUAUUAGCUUUUAUUUGUACUGUAGUUACAGGAGAAUUAACUCUUAACUAUAUUUGAGGUGUAAAAUAUCCUGCUUUCUUAACAGUCCUGCUAACUUCAAUAAAGUUUGGUCAUUUACAUAAAAAAAAAAAUAGGUCUGAAGACUGCAUUCAUGCUCGUUUCACAAAGCAGCACCAUUUUAAAAGGAGGUGGGAAAUGAUGGGUGAAAUCCCGGGGUUUACUUGCAGCUGGAGGCCAGGCAGUGACUUUUGGUGCCACUAGGUGACACUGUGGGUCCGCUUUUUGUGGUCGUCACAAGCAGAUUUGCAAGGCUGAGGGCUUAGAAAAGGGUGGGCAAAAUUAAGGAAGGACACGCAGGUAUCUCACACUCCCGUUUCUGGCUUCAGCUGCUUCUCAGGCAGCUGAGGACAAGCCAGAGUUGGUUUAGUUUAAUUUUUUCUUUCUUACAGCUGCCGUGUAUUGCAGUUGUCUUCACUCAAACCUGGGGUAGUUUCGGUUCGAGGUUUGGGUGUAGUGAAAAUGCAGUGAGUGCUCUGCAGCAGCAAACAAAUGUGCUCCUUUGUGGCACAGAGACGGAACAGCCUGCUGUUGGGCUAGCAUGCAUUAGCAGCUGUGUGGCAUGGCAUGUACAGCCUACGGGCUGGUUGUUUUUAAGGGAGAACUAAGCCUUGAACAAGUAAAGGGAGAUCUCAAAGCUAGGGAAGCUGAUGUACAAGUGCAUCUUCUCUUUAUCCUCCAAAUCCUUACCUUUUCUUAACAACAUCUACUUGCUCUUAAAUUCAGAUCACCAAGCAACUUUGGCUGGAAGCUAUUUGUCAUGGAUAUGGGAUGUAUUGGAUGUUUCAACUCCUUGUUUAUCAGGAGAUGCAGCUGCGCUUUACAGUGCGUCCCCACUUACAUGAUAGUAAAGCUGCAGGGCUGCUGUUCACAGAGAUUUGUUCUGGUUAAAUCUCAGCCACCUGUGAGUCCUUGAGAUACAAGGAUUCCGACCGUUCAGUGGACGUUUUCACAGGGAAAUUAGUGCUGAACUUGUUCCACUGAAAAAAAGUGCAGAUAUUAUGAACAGCCACCUCCUUGGACCCAUUGGUUACUGUAGUAGUUGAGUGCUCAAUGGGCCAUUUAAUUUACUCUCAGCUGGAUGGAUGCCAGAAGGGCUAUUAUGGGACAGAUGGAUCUCUGCUACCACGCACAGGGAAGCUGGUGCUGAGUACCUUUAUGGAGAGCUUUAGAACGUAAUUACGAAGCAGAAUACAGCCUUUGUUCCUUGGUAACCCUCAGUCCCGAGCCCAUCACGUUGAAAUAAUUUUCUGAAAGCUUUGAAAGCUACUGGGAUCGUUUUCAACUUUUUCGAUGUGUGAACCUCUCUGUUCUGCACUUAAAUGCUAAACCACGUCUGUAUU